AUGAUAUCGAUGAUGGAUUUUCGACAAGCACACACUGUUAGCAUAGAGCUCGGAUUUGAAAUUUGGUUCUCGCGAUACGGAAACUCGAGGAUAAGAAAGACCACUUCGAUUUUGCAGUCGGGUUUCUAUUUGAGGCCAACGCCGUAUGGAUGGAGUAGGUACUUUGCGGUUGAAGUACUGAUAGUCGUAUAUCGUGGUGACAGAGGUGCAUCUCUGGCAAUCACAAGCCUAUAG